AUGUGGAUAUUUCAUCUGCUCCCCGUGUUGUAUGUUUGGCUAAAGUGUGAGAGUGUGUUUGCCUCGCCUUUCACGUGUCCGCAAAUUUGCGUGUGCUCCAUCAACAGCAUCAGAUGCAAUAACAAGACAGAGCAUGGCGCCACUUUGACUCAAAAAAAAGCUUGCAUUAACCUCAACCUUCAAUUCAUAUCUCUGAAGGACAUUGGCAGCCGUAGCUUCGAUGGGCUGCGUGACGUGAAGAGAAUACGGAUCACACACAGUGUCACGCUGGAAAGCAUACAACCCAAAGCAUUCAACAAUCUCCAUAACCUCUCAGAGAUCCUCAUCCAGAACACAAGGAGCCUGGUGCACAUCGGCCGACGCGCGUUCAACCACCUCCCAAACCUACAGUACCUAUGCAUCUCAAACACUGGGAUUACGGUGUUCCCUGAUUUGACCGCACUGUCUUCCCUUAAUCCCAGUUUUGUCUUGGAUAUCUUCGAUAACCUCCUCCUGACUUCAAUACCAGCAAAUGCUUUUCUGGGAAUGGCCACUAGUACCAUGAAUCUCUACAACAAUGGUUUCAAAGAAAUACAAAGCCAUGCCUUCAAUGGGACAGUGAUAGAUAAACUGAUCUUGAAGAACAACAAAAACCUGCGUGUGAUUCACCGAGAAGCCUUCACCGGAGCCGUAGGCCCCACUCUACUGGACGUGUCCUCGACCGGGCUGGACACCCUACCGCCCCGUGGCCUGGAGUCGGUUGGGGUACUGAUGGCCCAGGCAGCGUUUGCCCUGAAGAGACUUCCGAACUUCAACAGCCUGCGAAGCCUCUGGUCCGCCAGUCUGACCUACCCUAGCCACUGCUGCGCUCUGCACAGCUGGAAUGCUCACAGCUGCAGAGCGUUGGAGCCUCCCGUCAUCAGUGAUAUGACAUUUGAGGAGGAGACUUUUGGCAGUGUGGAUUCACUGUAUCCAGAGCUAGACCUCUUCAGGAGAAAAACAGCCCUGACGUGCAACCCAGAGGCCGACGCUUUCAACCCCUGCGAGGACCUGGCAGGCUUCGGCUUCCUGCGCGUGGCCAUCUGGUUCAUCAACAUCCUGGCCAUCGUCGGCAACCUGACUGUUUUGCUGGUCUUCUUCACGAGCGGCACCAAGCUGACGGUCCCACGCUUCCUGAUGUGCCACCUGGCCUUCGCCGACCUCUGCAUCGGCGUCUACCUGCUGAUGAUCGCGGCCGUGGACCUGCGGACGCGUGGCCACUACAGCCAGCACGCCAUCGAGUGGCAGACCGGCACGGGCUGCAGUGUGGCCGGCUUCCUGGCCGUGUUUGGCGGGGAGCUGUCGGUGUACACGCUCUGCACCAUCACCCUGGAGCGCUGGCACACCAUCAACCACGCCCUGCACUUGGAGCGCCGCAUGGGCCUGUCCCACGCCGCCGCCAUCAUGGCCGCCGGCUGGCUCCUGUGCCUGGGCGUGGCGCUGCUGCCCCUGGUGGGCGUGAGCAGCUACAGCAAGGUGAGCAUGUGCCUGACCAUGGACAUCGAGACGGCCCUGGCUCAGGCCUUCAUCAUCCUGCUGCUCCUCUUCAACGUGGGGGCCUUCCUGGCGGUGUGCGUGUGCUACGCGCGCAUCUACGUCGCCGUGCACAACCCCGAGUUCCCGGGCCGCAGCGCCGACACCAAGAUCGCCAAGCGCAUGGCCGUGCUGAUCUUCACCGACUUCCUCUGCAUGGCGCCCAUCUCCUUCUUCGCCAUCUCCGCCGCCUUCAAGGUGCCCCUCAUCACCGUCACCAACUCCAAGAUCCUGCUGGUGCUCUUCUACCCCAUCAACUCCUGCGCCAACCCUUUCCUGUACGCCAUCUGCACCAAGGCCUUCCGGAAGGACGCCUGCAAGCUUCUGAGCUCCAUGGGCUGCUGCGAGAUCAAGGCCAGUCUCUACCGCAUGAAGACCUACUGCUCGGGGAGCAUGGCCAAAAGCCACUCCGACGGGGGGGCCAAGCGCCUGCGAGGGGGGCAGGACCCGUCAUCCUUCCAGCAUCAGAAGCAGCUCAAAUCAGAGGCCAAGGGCAAAGAUGGAUGAAAAACAUGAAACUGAUUCCGUGACCCAACAGCACCAGUUAAUGUGCGCUCUUACUCAUCUCAAAGAUAUUGUUAGUUAUCAGUCAUCUCAUACACCUGACCUCUCAUGACGUCUGUGUCCCUG